UGAAGAAGGGUCUCGACACAAAAUGUCACCCAUUCCUUUUCCCCAGAGAUGCAGUCUGACCCGUUGUUACUCCAACAUGUUGUGUCUUUCUUAGGUUUAAACCAGCACUUGCAGUUCCUUGCACCACAUGCCUCACCUUGAUUGAAGAACAGGUGGUGGAACUACAAUUCCCGUGGUGCAUGAGUCCCUGGCAGCGCGCGGUGCAGGGCGGGACGGCGGUGAAGGUCAGAAGCGGCGCUGCGGUGGCGGCUGGGAAGUGUACCCGGGGUUGCCGGGCUAGCGGUGGCCGCUGGGAAGUGUACCCGGGGUUGCCGGGGUAGCGGUGGCCGCUGGGAAGUGUACCCGGGGUUGCCGGGGUAACGGUGGCCGCUGGGAAGUGUACCCGGGGUUGCCGGGGUAACGGUGGCCGGGAGCGCGGUGAUGGAGCGGCUGCUGCUGCUGCUACUACUUGUAUUGGCGUUGCUCGGCGUCGUCUCGCCGGUGGACGUGGAGACGGACGGAGGCUGGCAUACAGAUCACUCCAUGCAACUGGUUGGUAAAGGAUCAUGCAAUGUGGAAGUGAGAGACUCUUUGACUUAUUCCGAAUUUAUUCACUGGUACGCAUAUACAAAGCCAGUGAUUAUUCGAGGACUCACCCAGAAUGAGCAAUUCAGGGCUCUCUGCUCGAAGCAAAGACUUCUGCAGGAGUUUGGAAAUCGGUUGGUGAGACUGAGCACAGCAAACACGUACUCCUAUCAUAAAGUUGAUGUUCCUUUUAAAGAAUAUGUUGAGUACAUGAUGAAGCCUCAAUCUUUGAAGUCUUUGGGUAAUGAUACACUGUACUUUUUUGGAGAUAACAAUUUUACAGAGUGGGGCUCUCUCUUCAAAACAUACAUCCAGCCUCCAUACCAACUCCCUGGGACCAAAGGAGCUUACAGCUUUGGGAUAGCUGGAGCAAGUACAGGAGUGCCUUUUCACUGGCAUGGAGCAGGAUAUUCCGAGGUUGUAUACGGACGAAAGCGCUGGUUUCUUUAUCCACCAGACAAAACACCAGAGUUUCACCCAAACAAGACCACCCUGUCAUGGAUACUUGACACAUAUCCAUAUUUAUCAGAGGAGGACAAACCACUGGAGUGUACCAUACACCCAGGAGAAAUACUGUAUUUUCCAGAUCACUGGUGGCAUGCUACUUUUAAUAUCGACAGCUGUGUCUUCAUUUCUACAUUUUUAGGGUAAACUCUUGUGAACUCUAGGAAAAGAUGCAUGCUUACCCCGUUCAUUUCCUGAAUCUACACUGGAUCGAGACCAUAUGAUCUUCUAAAAACAGCUGCCCAAAAUUGGUAUGCGAACAUGACUGGAAAAAGCCAUGCCAAGGUGUAAACAUAAAUACAACUGAGCUUCCAACCCAACCUACAAAUGAAAAGAGAAAAACAGCACAGGGGUUCGACCCAAAACAGUAUCUAAUCCUUUUCUCCAGCGAUGCUGUCUGACCCGCUGAGUCACUCCAGCUUUGUGUCCAUCUUCACACUAUAAUUCCAGUUGUCUUUUCCAUUGUGGGUGGAGUGGUGCUCAGGAUGGUAAUUUGGGGCUGAACCACCACACACCUAUACACUGGACAUCAUUAUUGAAAAGGGUUCUCCAGCUGAACAUAGAAGUCUCUAGAGUUUAAAAACAUUGUCUGAGUACAGAAAACUUGAACCACUAUUCUAUUCUGGUACUGAAACAAUUCAGUUAUUUUAAUGCAAGAAAUGUCGGAAUGGUUUACAAGCUUUGUUCUAUUCUCUAUAGUAUCUGAUUGUUAUUGCAUGUGGAGCUGUUACAUAUUGUUAUGGUGUCUCUUAGUUUAAGAAAGUGUCCUGUGAGAAUUCCUUUUUACUUUAAGGUAUGAAAUGUUUACAUUCCCUAUCUCAUACCACGUCAAAUUAGAGCAAUACCUAAAGAAACAAUUUUGAUUCACAUUCAUUUCUGGCUAUUCCAACGCACUUUAUAGCCACUAAGUACUUUUGAAGUGUAGUUAUUAUUAUAUCCAAAACAUAUGGCAGGUUUGAAGUUAAAACGAUAAAGUGAAGGCCAGAUAAUCAGUUUAGUAAAGAUGAUUGUUCAAUAUUAGCUAGUACAAUCGGGUUCUCCCUUACUUCUCUUUGAAGUAAUGAGAGCAAUGAAACCCUUUAAGCUCCAGGCCCACUUAGGCGAUUUAUUUUGGCGACUACAGGCGAUUAGGCUGUUGCCACAUGGUCACGGGGUGAAGCCUGUAUGGUCGUGAGUAGCCUCCUCAAGUCGCCUAAAGAGUCGUAACAUUUUUCUGAUUUGCCGCUUGAUUUUGAAAUGCUCAAAACUUUUCGACGACUGUGGGCUUGACACAGCUGGUCUUGUCCUGUGCUGUCAUAGGUUGUCGCCAGGAUGGCAUAGGCUGUCACCAGGCGACGUUGGUUGUUGACGGGUGCUGACUUCGGUGAAUUCCUUUGGCGACUGCCGCCUAUGUCAACCGGCGACAGGUACCAGCGACUGAAUUGUCUUCAGUUGUCGCUGACAGGGUCGUUGCUUGUUGCGGGUGGACGUAUGUUGUUCCCUGUGUGGUCGUACGUUGUCGUAGGUGUGGCCGUAGGUGGACGUCCUAAUGGGUCGCCGGUUGUCAGUAGCUUGCCUUAGCUUGACAUCGACCAGGUGGUAGAUUGUCGUAGACAUUGUCAUGGGGGGGGGGGGGGGGGAAAACAAGUCGCUGCUUUUUCAGCGACCUGCCACGACUGUGACAGUCGCAGAAAAAAAAUGCCUAUGUGGGACAGGCCCUUUAGUUUAUCUCAACCAAAAAUAGUGGCCCAGUAUUGCACAUGAAGAUCAGUGUUGACAUUGAUGCCAUAAAUGGGACGUGGACAAUAGGUGCAGGAGUAGGCCAUUCGGCCCUUCGAGCCAGCACCACCAUUCAAUGUGAUCAUGGCUGAUCAUCCCCAAUCCCUAAAUGGAUUAGCCCUUAUUCUUAAAACUGUGGCCCCUGGUUCACAGAUCAAGUCACUCCUUCAGUGGAUUGGCUGCACAAAUAAAAUGUAAACCAAAAUAAAUUGGUUUCAAAUAACUGAAUGAAGGCAAUGAUUAGUUCUCUGGUUAGCCAUAUUUUUUACAGGUUUUGCAUAAAGACAAAUGGUAUACAUUUAAUAACCCAAGCAUUUGAGAAAAUGUAAUCUAGAUACUACAGGUGUUGCAAUAAUUUAUUUUGUAGUAAGAAAUGAAUUUGUCAAAAGUAUUUAAUGUUUACACCAAGACUUUUAUAACCAUCAAAUGAAUUAAGCACAACACGUAAAAGUGACAUUAACUGACACAUUUAAGUAAGGUUAGAACAUUCAGGAUAUUAGUCCAUUGAUGAUAGAUUGUUCUCAGACCUUUAAUAUUAGUUCUAAAUGUUAUAUUCCAAUGACAAUAUUUUCAUAGGACCUUUAGAAUUCUAAAAGACAAGACAAAUUGCAACCUGAUGAUUUUCAGUACUUGAAUAUUGGAAACAUUUCCUGGCACUUUAACCAUCUAUUUUAUUUUUACCUGCUGCUCUUGCAUUUCAACUUCUCGUUUUGGAGCCACCAAAAUGAGCACAAUAAUGAAUCAGUCAGAUUCUGUGAACUAGAUAUCCAUGUGAUUAAGUUAUUCUCAGGACGAAUGCUACAGAAAAGGUUAAAUAUUACUGUAAUAAAAACAAACGGGACAAACUGAAAAAA